CAAGAAAAAAAAAAGUUAUCAACAUUAAAAAGAACAGUGAAAUAAUUUGACCCUAAGAUCAAUUGGAUUUUCCACAAGCAAAUGCCUGCGCUUCUUUUAUAUAGAAGCACAUGGAUAUAAUUUUUAGUCGGUGAGGGGAUCGCUCGCAUUGUUGGAAAAGGCGUUUCUUGCAGAAUAUAUAUAUAUAUCGUGGUGCUUGUUCUUUGUGCGUUCCUCAAGGGUUGACCGGCGCUUUGUCUACAGAAGGACCAAACAUCAAGGAUAAAAAAGGGAAUAUACCAGGAGGUGCAUCUGGACUUGCCGUAGUCGUUUACCUGUGCAACGGAUAGAAGAAAAAAGGUGUGGUUGAGUGUCACACACACGGUGGAAUUACGGACCAGUAGUAGAAAACCAUUUAUACCAUCAACAUGGCGUCUGCCCAAAAAAUUCUAAUCACUGGAUUCGUGUUGUUUACAUUGAUCGAAAUUGCCGUGUGCCAGAGGUCCCCAACAAUUUCGUAUAUAUCGCAAGAGCAAAUCAAAGAUAUUGGAGGAACUGUUGAAUUAGUUUGCUCUGUCCAGUAUUCGCAGGAAUACCCAGUGCUUUGGAUGAAGAAUGAUCCAGCUAACACAAACACCAUUCCCAUCUCAACACUGUCAACCCUCAUUCUGCAGGAUUCCAGAUUUGCACUCCGAUUUGAUAGGGCCAGUUCCACAUACACCCUGCAAAUCAAAGAUAUACAAGAGACUGAUGCAGGAACUUAUUAUUGUCAAGUGCUGAUUUCAGUUAACAGCAAGAUCACUGCUGAUGUUGUUCUUCAAGUUAGGAAACCUCCGGUCAUUUCGGACAAUUCCACGAGAUCUGUGGUAGUUUCUGAAGGAGAAUCUGUACAGUUGGAGUGCUUCGCUGGAGGAUAUCCGACUCCGAAAAUCACUUGGCGCCGUGAGAACAAUGCUAUUUUACCGACAGGCGGUACGAUUUACAGGAGCAAUAUCCUCGAAAUCAAAAGUGUUAAGAAGGAGGAUAGAGGUACCUACUAUUGCGUCGCCGAAAAUGGAGUUGGUCAAGGAUCCAGGAGGAACAUCGCCGUGGAAGUGGAGUUUGCGCCCGUCGUGACCGUGCCCAGACCCAGAUUGGGACAAGCUCUUCAAUACGAUAUGGACUUGGAAUGUCACAUCGAAGCUUAUCCGCCACCAGCCAUCACUUGGGUGAAAAACGGUGUGGUCUUAUCCAACAACCAACAUUACUACAUUAGCCAUUUUGCGACCGCCGAUGAAUUCACCGACAGCACGAUCAGAGUGGUGACCAUCGAGAAGAGGCAGUACGGAGAAUACGUUUGCAAGGCUUCCAAUAAAUUGGGCUCAGAGGAAGGUCGUGUGGAGCUCUUCGAAUCCAUAAUCCCUAUUUGCCCCCCUGCAUGUGGCCAAGCAAAAUACGGAGAUGCCGCUACAAUUUCGACCAGUACUGUAGCAAUUCUUGCAACCAUUUCAAUGUUAAUCUACAGGAAUUUCAACGCCCAACAUUAAUUUCCCAGGACUAAUAUGGGAGAGUGCGUCGAUCUGUCCGGCCCCGUACCACGACCUAAUCCUGACGAAUCUCGUUCUAAUUAUACUCUUCACUCAGAGGCACUUUAUUUGACAAUUUUACUUAUUUUAGUACAAAAAAAAAUGAAUUAAAAAAAAAGAAGCAAUAACUACAAUCGAUUCGAAUACGGACGAAGAAAGAAAUGAGAGGAAAAUUAACAAUAAGAGAGAAGAAAAUUCUUGUGAUGGACCGCAUCCGGUCUGUGUAUAUUUUUUGUAAUUUUAUAUAUAUGAUGUGUAUUUAUAUAUAUCGUAAUAAGUUUCUUUCUCGCACGAAAUUAUGUUGUUUAAUAUUAGUUGUUAGUUUAAGGAAUUUGUAAAAACAAAUGAUUAAUUUUAAGCAAUAAAACUUAAUUUUUAAUA